GUGGCGGCGCUGCGCUCGCGGAAGGCAGCCGCGCAGAGCAACGAGGACGAGGAGGAGCCGGUCCACGUCCUGGUGGUCUUUCACGGUGGACUGAUUGGGACGCCGAUGACGGCCCUGCUCGGGAGCCGGCGGAAGGACCGCGCGGGCAGGGGUGUGCUCGUUGGCCGGUGCUUCAACGCAUCAAUUCUGGGUUUCGAGCUGAACGAGCAGGGGAAGGGCGUGUUGGUGAGCUAUACGACUAGACGGGGAGGAAAUGAUGACUCAUAA